AUGGACGCUUCCCAGUACCCUACCAAUGGUAUAAACACGACCUCGGCCUCUUACCCGUCGCCCCCCGCCAUCACGCCUCACCAACUCCAGCACACCAACUCCCCGCUGCCUCACCAGACUCUGCCGCCUUUGCAGCCGCAGACUUCCGCCGCUAUGAACCAGAUGUACGGCAGCAACCCUCACACGCCUCGCACUCCCGCGACUCCCAACACUCCGGGCUCGCAGAACAACAUGCCCGCUUACCCCCAGCAACAGCAGCAGCAUCAGCAGCAGCAGCCCGGUCGUGGUGGUCCGUACCAGCAAAUGGGCCAGUAUCCUCCCCCGCCCCAGGGCUACGGCACUCAGUCUAUGCUGCCCCAGACCACGAUGGCUUCUUCUCAUCCCCAGCCCAUCGCGCCCGCUCCUGCGUCUGGUCGCGUUCCUCCCGUCCUUCGCCCCAUGCCUGCUGGUGGCGUUAUGCCCCAGCCCGGUAUGAACUCUCCCUACGGCCCCGGCGGUGUCAUGCCUGGCGGUCUUGGUGACAGCGACCAGCCCACCCACGUUGUCGGCUCUCAGGGUCGUCGCGGCAUCCUGCCCAGUGCCCCCGGACGUCCCGCUGCUACUCCCGCCGGCGCCGGCAACACUAAGAGCACUGUUAUCCCGGUCAAGGACGCCGAUGGCAAGUUCCCGUGCCCUCACUGCACCAAGACCUACCUUCACGCCAAGCAUCUGAAGCGUCACCUUCUGCGCCACACGGGUGACCGCCCUUACAUGUGCGUGCUGUGCCGCGACACUUUCUCGCGCAGUGACAUUCUCAAGCGUCACUUCCAGAAGUGCUCCAUUCGCAGAGGCAACCCGACUGGUGCUAGUCACCUGUCCCACCCUCAGGCCCAUGUCAAGAAGAACGCUGCCGCGCAGAAGGCGGCUCUUGGUCAGGAUGGCGGUCUCAACCACCUCAAUGGUCUUGGUAACAUGCCUGCGGAUGGUAUGGUUCAGCCUUUCGGUAUGAUGCCUGUGCAGGACGGAAUGAGCAACCUUGCAAACGAUCAGAGUCAGUUGUCGCGCUCCAGCAGCCUGACUAGGCUUGAUAAUGGCAGUAACCAAGACAGACGGGAUUUGACAGGAUCUGUCAUGGAUGCUUCUGGCCGAGGUGGCAACUUCGAGCAGGCAUACAACGGCAAUGUCCCUAGCUCCAUGACGCCCAAUAUGAAUCAACAGAUGCAAAACUACAAUAUGCCCCCGGGUCAAAAUGGAAUGUCCAUGUAUGGCGGGUCGAACUCGAACCAACAAUCGGGCCUUGAUUGGUCUCAAAUGUUCCAGGCUGGUGCGCAACAAACCUACGCAAAUCAUCAAUUCCCCCCUAAUCUUGGACAGACGCAGAUCGCAACCAAACCCGAGCCUAAUACCGGCGCCGAAAGAACACAAGGUCUUCCUGGCCACCCAAACCACCCCGAAUCCCUCUUCUUGUCGACCUGGGGCGUGCCGCCAUCGAUCCAGGACCCCUUCACCCAACUCUCCAACCAGAUUCUCAACUUCUUUUACCCUCCAGGUUCCUCGAUAACCAACGAAAGCGCCGGCUUUAACCUUUACUUCUCGGCCGAAAACAUACGCGACUUUUUGGAAAAGUACACCCACUUCCACGUCCACUUUCCUAUUCUACAUACUCCCACGUUCCGCAUCAUGGAGUCCUAUACUGGCUUGCUGGCCGACCAUGUGCGCGACAUGAUGAACUUUCUUAAGUCGGCCCUGGUUCGAGACGUGCCCUUUCUGGCCUCAACGGUGGGCGGACAGCAGCAGAAUGGAAACGCUAGCGCUGGCGCCUCAAGUCAAAAUCAACGCGAUAUUGAGGAGCUGCAAGCUGUUAUGCUGCUCCAGAUUCUGCUGAUUUGGAACAGCACCCCUCAACACCGCGAGAGUGCUCGCGAGAUCUUUCCCGCCAUGACGGAGCAGGCUCGUAAGCUUCGUCUGUUGGAGGUCUCCACCAGAAUGCCCCUCUACAGUCCGCUGCACCAGAGCAACGUUACCCCUCAGAACUUGAAUGUCUCCACAUUCGAUUGGGGUGUGUGGGUUGAACAGGAAAAGCGGAUACGCCUCAUGCACAUCAUCUUUCUUUGCAACUCCGCCAUGGAACUUUAUUUCAACGCCCGCUCUCAUAUUGACAGCCUUGAGAUGCACAUUCCGCUGCCAUCCGAUGAUGCGGCAUGGGAUGCACGGACGAAGAAGGAUUGCGAGGACGCCCUUGGCCUGCACGGAGAGGAAUUGGCACGACAAAAGAACCCCAACGGGACUCAACGCAGCAAGCAGCCCGAAAUGAGUUAUGCCCUCCAGACAUUGCUCCACAGCUCGUAUCAGAUUCAGCCAGGCAGAACCAACCUUUACGGCAAGUUCAUUCUGAUACACGCCAUUUUGUCCAUGAUCCGGCGAGCUCAGUUGGACGGCAGUGCCGUGAUGAAGGGGUACGCGACACCUCCCAUGAGCGAUUGGAUGACAAAUGGAUCAUCGGACGCCAGCGGCGGCAACAGCGGUAGAGGUACACCUGUUGACCCUGCCGUCCAAGGCGUUCCAUCUCACGUUCAUCACACCUUUCUCAUGGCAUUGCAAAAGUUCAAAACCAACUGGGACGCGGACAUGAUCAAUCAAUUUCCACCUGGAUCGGCAAAGAAUGCUCGCAGAUAUGGAUUCUCCAGGGACGGUAUUCACUUCUACUGGCUUGCGAAGUACCUCCUCAAGUACACAAGAACAUCGGAGCUACAAAUGGAUCCGGACGCGCGGUUCAUGCAGGUGAUGCAACUUCUCAAGUCGGUGAAGGCUUGGGUGAUGUCGGAUGGGACAACACGAGGCGAGGAAAUGGGAUCGGUUGGAGAGAUCGACAAGGAUUUUGGAGUGAUGAACCUGACACUCGACAUGGCACGACUUUUUAAACCUCUUCCGGCGGUGGUGGAGGACCCAGGAAUAUCUUCUGUUCAAACGGAUAUCGGCACGGCGGGCGGCGGCAUGCUCUGA